UGCUGCUACUGACCAGGACCAGUGCAGCGACUACCAACCCGAAACCCCUAUUACAUUAAAUCGAUGUGUACUCAAAAAUGACGCAUGUUGCCAAACGUAAAGCGAACACGUCACGUGAAUGAUCAGACGUCGAGCUGCUCGGCACACACACAGCGAUGCAAGAGAUAUGCAACACCGCUGCCUUGCCGCUCGACACUAACCCGCUGGUUCGCAAAAUAAAAUGCGAAGAGUUCCCCGCCAUCAGAGGGAAGCAACACACGAGAGUUGGCAUGGGGGUGCGAGAUGAAAUGGAAGAGGAGUUCGCCGUGAAGACCAGGAACACACCGCCGAUGGGACCUGCGCCGGGCCAGGAGCACCCGCGCAUGGAGCACGGCGGCAACGGCUUCUGGCUAGCCGCCGUCACCACCACCGGGGCGCCACAUCCCAUGCUCGAGACAUGCACCGAAACUGGCUUCAUCAACAGCCAACCCUCUAUGGCAGAAUUUAUGACAGCGUUGCCUCAGUUAGGAGGAGGUGAACUAAGCCCCCAACAUACUCCGCCGGGGUAUGCGCCUGACCUGCCCUCUCCUGGCGGUGGCCUCAAUGUUCCUGAAUAUCCUUGGAUGAAGGAAAAGAAAACAACCAGAAAGAGCAGCCAACAAGGUACGUAA